UUGAUUAAUAGUCCGAGACGACCGCCUAUACCCGUGAAACGACGUACACGGACAAAGUCAGGCUAUGUCUGAUUCAGGUGACACAGAGUCAGAAAUGGCGGCCUUAGUUCGCGCCGGUGACAUUCAGAAUAAUGGAGAGAUCGACAAUCCUGUCGACUUUCGACGCGUUACUCCGAAAAACAAGGCCACCGUCGUUCUCGGCGCGCAGUGGGGCGACGAAGGUAAAGGAAAGGUCGUCGACAUGCUCGCCACGCACGUGGACAUCGUCGCGAGAUGUCAGGGCGGAAACAACGCCGGACACACGGUCGUCGUCGGCGACAAGAUGUACGACUUCCACCUGUUUCCGAGCGGCAUCAUCCACACGGCCUGCACGUCGGUGAUCGGAAACGGCGUCGUCGUCCACCUCCCUGGUCUCUUCGAGGAAGCGAAGAAGAACGAGGCUCUCGGACUGAAACCGGACUGGCGCAAGCGUCUGCUCAUCUCCGACCGCGCUCACCUCGUCUUCGACAUGCACCAGGCCGUCGACGGACUGCAGGAGCUGCGGCGCGGGAUCAAAUCUAUCGGCACGACGAAGAAGGGAAUCGGGCCAACGUACUCGUCCAAGGCUGCACGCAGCGGCAUCCGCGUCUGCGACCUCCUCGGCGACUUCCAGCUGUUCGCCGAGAAGUUCCGGAACCUCGUCGACUCGUUCCGCGGCAUGUUCCCGUCGCUCGUCGUCGACGUCGACGCGGAACUCGCGCGCUACGCCGGUUUCGCGACCGAGAUACGGCCGAUGGUCGGCGACACCGUCCUCUUCAUGCACAACGCGCUCGCCGACUCGGCGAAGAACAUCCUCGUAGAGGGCGCCAACGCACUCAUGCUUGACAUCGACUUUGGCACGUACCCGUACGUUACGUCGUCGAGCUGCGGCAUAGGGGGCGCCUGCACGGGUCUCGGCAUCCCACCGCGCAACGUCGGCGACGUCUACGGUGUCGUCAAGGCAUACACGACGCGCGUCGGCGACGGGCCCUUCCCGACGGAGCAGGAGAACGAGGUCGGCGGGAAGCUGCGCGACGCGGGGCACGAGUACGGGGUGACGACGGGCCGCCCGCGCCGCUGCGGCUGGCUGGACAUCGUCCUGCUGCGCUACACGCACAUGGUCAACGGUUACUCCGCGAUCGCGCUCACGAAACUCGACAUCCUUGAUUCGUUCGACGAGGUUAAGAUCGGCGUCGGUUACCGCAGCGGCGGCGAGACGCUGCCCAACUUCCCGGCCGACCCCGCCGUGUUGCGAGCGAUAGAGGUCGAGUACAUCACGCUGCCGGGCUGGAAGAGUCCGAUCGGCGCGCUGCGUAAGUUCGAGGAGCUGCCGGAGAAUGCAAAGACGUACGUGCGCACGAUCGAGGGCCUGAUGCGCGCGCCCGUUAAGUGGGUCGGCGUUGGGCAGUCGAGAGAGUGCAUGAUUCAGGUGUACUGAGUGUCGCACGCGUGGUUUUUCUCUCUUGACGGCGGGUUGUCGACUCGGCUCCCAAAGCAUGCACAAAUAGCGUUAGCGUUAUAUCGAUUGUGGGUGCACCAUUAGUGUUGAUAACGUGUACGAUUAACGUGGUACUCCGAUUAUUUGAAGUGUGGCGACAAUGUUGCGAUGUCUCCCGUUCUUAGCAAUCUGGUUAGGAUCUAAUGAGCAUGGUGGUGGUGAUAGUGACGUGUGUCCUAGACAUUCGAGCCUUCUAUGUGUUGGUCUCAAGAAUUCAAGAGUUCUUCUAAACAUCGAGGGAUGUAUCACUACUAUAAAUACUUGGGCCCAAGGAUAGAGAACAUGGGUCCCAAUAAAACCAAUGUGCCUAAACCUAACCCUAACCCUAAUUCUAACCCUAAUCCUAAUCCUAACACUAACCAUAACCCUAACCUAUUAUAUUGAUGUAAUAUUAUAUUUAUAUUGAUGUAAAUUACAUUGGUUUUAUUGGGACCCAUGUUCUCUAUCCUUGAACCAAUACUUGUAUGGUACAAUGUAUGUAUCCCAUAAAUUUAUAAUGUACCUGCAUGUAACAACGUGUGAAGUGUUUGCAGUUGCCAAAUCGUCUUGUUUCUAGAUUUUUAGCUGUGUUGUUAUCAUGUAAUGCAACAAACCUUCGGUUGCAUGUUGUGAUUAGUUGUUGCGUGGUGAGGAUGCUACAAUGAAACCGUUAGUAAGAAUUUCACGUAAUAGUAUAAUUUUCCUAACAGUAACUGACAUCAGGUCGGAGAAGAAAGUUCUUCCGUGCUGCAUGGUAAAUACUUUUGCACAUCAAGGUUUAUUUUGUUAUCACAUAGACAGUAAUUUUGCAUACUGGGUAGGUAGAUUUUGGGUUUAAUCGAAUAUAUAAAAUAGCGGCUCGAUACAGUACGGGCAAAAUGGCAAAUCUAUCUAUGCCCUUUACCCACUUUUUCUGCCACACCUAUAGUUAGUUAUAGCAGGCACGUUUCCUCUGCACUGUGUGCGAAUGCUGAAUACCGAUAGGGCCCCUUAAUAACCCCUGCGCAAUCGCUCCAAGUGCAGGAUCGGUUCCUUCCAGCCAUUCUCGGUGGCGACACGACAUUAUGACGUUACAAGUAAGUGGCCACACGUAGACCUUCUGUGACAGGUCCGGGAAUGGCCCUCACAAAGUGAUGUCGUCGGCGAUGGGUCGUUUACGGGAGAUACUAAAGAGAGUAACUUUAUGCUGCUUGGAGCUUUUAUUCCGAGGCAUUUUAGUGCAAUUACAGUGCUGCAUUAUGGGACAGAUUCCCUGUCUAUAGCCACGUGUUGUUUAGCAGGUGAGAGUGCAUAAUCGGAUGUAAUAAAAUUGUAUAUAAAAAGUUGUCUUCUGGCUAUAAACGCUUCCAAGUUCCCUUUUUCACAAUACCGAACAUGUGUACGACUGUAAUAAUAUAGGGCAGGGCCCAACUAAAGCUGUAUCGAUAUACAUAAC